ACAAUGGGAGCGGCGCGGGCGGCGCCGGGAGGCCUCUGACAGGCGUCUGCGGCUUCGCUUCAUGGCCGUUCUCCCGCCCCGCCUGGGCUCUGUGGGGAGCGGGGCGGCCCGCAGCGGCCGGGAGCCGAAGCUGGCGAGCCGAGCGGGGACCUGUGUACCGCGCCGCUGAGGCGCAGCAUGUGAAGCGGAGACGGCAUCCAGUGCGAGGCGUGCCUCUCAGCCGGCCGGGAUGGCCACGACGGCCGAGCUGUUCGAGGAGCCUUUUGUGGCAGAUGAGUAUAUUGAACGUCUUGUAUGGAGAACCCCAGGAGGAGGCUCUAGAGGGGGACCUGAAGCUUUUGAUCCUAAAAGAUUAUUAGAAGAAUUUGUAAAUCAUAUUCAGGAGCUCCAGAUAAUGGAUGAAAGGAUUCAAAGGAAAGUAGAGAAACUAGAGCAACAGUGUCAGAAAGAAGCUAAGGAAUUUGCCAGGAAGGUACAAGAACUCCAGAAAAGCAAUCAGGUUGCCUUCCAACAUUUCCAAGAACUAGAUGAGCACAUCAGCUAUGUAGCAACCAAAGUCUGUCACCUUGGAGACCAGUUGGAGGGGGUAAACACACCCAGACAACGGGCAGUAGAGGCUCAGAAGUUGAUGAAAUACUUCAAUGAGUUUCUAGAUGGAGAACUGAAAUCUGAUGUUUUUACAAAUUCUGAAAAGAUAAAGGAGGCAGCAGACAUCAUUCAGAAGUUGCACCUAAUCGCCCAAGAGUUACCUUUUGAUAGAUUUUCAGAAGUUAAAUCCAAAAUUGCAAGUAAAUACCAUGAUUUAGAAUGCCAGUUGAUUCAGGAGUUUACUGGUGCUCAAAGAAGAGGUGAAAUCUCCAGAAUGAGAGAAGUAGCAGCUGUUUUACUUCAUUUUAAGGGUUAUUCUCAUUGUGUUGAUGUUUAUAUAAAGCAGUGCCAGGAGGGUGCUUACUUGAGAAACGAUAUAUUUGAAGAUGCAGCAAUACUCUGUCAGCGGGUAAACAAACAAGUUGGAGAUAUCUUUAGUAAUCCAGAAACAGUACUGGCUAAACUUAUUCAAAAUGUAUUUGAAAUCAAACUACAGAGCUUUGUGAAAGACCAGUUACAAGAAUGUUGGAAGUCUGAUGCAGAGCAGUAUCUCAAAAGUCUCUAUGAUUUAUACACAAGAACCACAAAUCUUUCCAGCAAGUUGAUGGAGUUUAACUUAGGUACUGAUAAACAGACUUUCUUGUCUAAGCUUAUCAAGUCCAUUUUCAUUUCCUAUUUGGAGAGCUACAUUGAAAUAGAGACUGGCUAUUUGAAAAGCAGAAGUGCUAUGAUCCUUCAGCGCUAUUAUGAUUCAAAAAACCAUCAAAAGAGAUCCAUUGGCACAGGAGGUAUUCAAGAUCUUAAAGAGAGAAUUAGACAACGUACCAACUUACCACUGGGGCCAAGUAUUGAUACUCAUGGAGAGACUUUCCUGUCCCAGGAAGUGGUGGUUAAUCUUUUGCAAGAAACCAAACAAGCCUUUGAAAGAUGUCAUAGGCUCUCUGAUCCUUCUGAUUUACCAAGGAAUGCCUUUAGAAUUUUUACCAUUCUUGUGGAAUUUUUAUGUAUUGAACAUAUUGAUUAUGCCUUGGAAACAGGACUUGCUGGAAUUCCUUCUUCAGAUUCUAAGAAUGCAAAUCUCUAUUUUUUGGAUGUUGUGCACCAGGCCAAUACUAUUUUUCAUCUUUUUGACAAGCAGUUUAAUGAUCACCUUAUGCCACUAAUAAGCUCUUCUCCUAAAUUAUCUGAAUGCCUUCAGAAAAAAAAAGAAAUAAUUGAACAGAUGGAGAUGAAAUUGGAUACUGGCAUUGAUAGGACAUUAAAUUGUAUGAUUGGACAAAUGAAGCAUAUCUUGGCUGCAGAACAAAAGAAAACAGAUUUUAAGCCAGAAGAUGAAAACAAUGUUUUGAUUCAGUAUACUAAUGCCUGUGUUAAAGUCUGUGCUUACGUAAGGAAACAAGUGGAGAAGAUUAAAAAUUCCAUGGAUGGGAAGAAUGUGGAUACAGUUUUGAUGGAACUUGGAGUACGUUUUCAUCGACUUAUUUAUGAGCAUCUUCAACAAUAUUCCUAUAGCUGUAUGGGUGGCAUGUUAGCAAUUUGUGAUGUAGCUGAGUAUAGGAAGUGUGCCAAAGACUUCAAGAUUCCUCUGGUAUUACAGCUUUUUGAUACUCUGCAUGCACUUUGCAAUCUUCUGGUAGUAAACCCAGAUAAUUUAAAGCAAGUCUGCUCAGGAGAACAACUUGCUAAUUUGGACAAGAACAUUCUUCACUCCUUCGUACAACUUCGUGCUGACUAUAGAUCUGCCCGCCUUGCUCGACAUUUCAGCUGAGGUUGAAUUUACAAGGGAAAUGUGUUGUACUCCAGCAAGCCUUGGUUGAUAGAAAGCACAGAAGGUUUCUUAUGACACAGCCAACAUUUUAUUGAAAAAUGACUGUUUGGAAAAACAGCAGCCAUACUUACUCUUGAGGUUUUAUUUGAAAUUUGGACAAUACUAAGAAUAUUUUGCUUUUCCUUAAGUUUUAAUUCCAUUUCUGAACUUAUAUAAAUUUCAAACUCUAUGAAGCUAUAUGUCAUUGUUUUCAUCCUGGAAAAUGUUGAUGUCAGAAGGUAAAUGAGAUUGUUACCAGUAUUCCAGUUCAUGUUCUUUAACAUAGUCCAUUGGGAAAUUUCAGCUUCCUGUUUUGCACUAAUGAUGGGUAAAAUACAGCAAGACUCAUUUUAUUAUUUAUCAAUUUUCAAUAACCUUUUCAGCACUGGUAAUUGUUAAUCAGAUUAUUUUUAAGUUUUCCUGGAGAACUUUUUACCUAUUUCAAAGGUUGAAAAUUGGGCAUAAUUUCUGUAGUUGGUUCAUUGAAUUUUUUCUGAGGUACAACAGUAAUACUAUUCCAAAAAAAAAUGUUAAAAUGAAAUACAUUGUAUGUAGGUAUUAGCGGUGGAUCAAAAUACAUCUGCUUUCUGGGUAAAAGGAAGAAUAAAAGUUUACAGUUUCUUAUUUGGUAAACAGAUUUUAAGCCAAUGCUAGCAAGAAAUUAAUAAAGCUACCUUAUUUUAUAUUUCACUUAAGAUAAAGUAGAGGGUGUUAACUAAAGGACCAUAUUUAUUCAUUAUUUUAAUAUUAUAAGGGAAGUAAAAAAGUGAGGUAUAGACUAAAUGGUGCAUAUGAGAAUUAUUGGCAGUGUUUAGCAGCAAUGCAGUCCUUUAAGAUUUUUAUCCUUAUGCUAAACUGAAAUAAGAUGGAAUGGCUAAACAUGCAGGUAGUCUUCUAUUUUAAGAGGAAUUGGAAAUUGAUAGUCAGCAUUGUAUUCUAGUCCAGAGAUGAACUUUGUAAGGACUAGUAGUUUUUAAAUAUAUAGUGUCAUUAUCUUUUUCAAGGCAUUUCUGGAGUGAUUCCUACUGAGUGUAGUUGGCUUAAUAUGGUGACAUAAUAAAUCACUUAUAAAAUUUUAAAUAUCAAGUGGAAAUUUUAAAAAAUUAUUGACUAUAAACUUUCUCUGCAAGAAUGCGUUCUUAGCUGUAUGUAGUGUUUCAGCUUCCAUUGUAUUAUUCAUAGUCUUCCAGGAACAGAUAAACUUCAAUGUUUGACACAUUUUUGGCUUUUCUUUUUCCUCUAAUAUAGGCUUUUUGGCCUAAUUUUGGAAAACUACAUUUAAGAAUAUGUUGCUGAAUGUUCAACUUUACCGAAACUUCCAGGUCCAGAGUGAGCUAGCUACUGUUUAAGUUACUUUUAACUGAAUUUUCCUCAUUUUCUGUUUAGCCCAGUGUUAUCAAGGUAAGCAAGAGAAAUAAAGUAUGCCAACAUUUAUCAAAGCAUUUUAGGAAAUUGUGGCAGCUUUGGAAUGCUGUCUAGUUUUCUGUUCCUUAGCCAAAGGAAAGCCAGAACAGGUUUUGGAUAUUAGAGAAAGUCAUAUGCUUGUACUAUUGCCAUUUUAGAAAGCUCUGAUGUGAAUUCAAAUUAUACCUCUGUUACUUAAAGCCAACAAUUUUAAAGCAGUAGUUUUACUGGCCGUUUGAACUCUUUGUACACAGUGUCAAUUUGUUUUAAAAAAAAAAGGGAAAAAAUAUCAAAUAAAACAUGAGAGAACAUUAUAAGACUUCCACAUCAGAGAAGUGUUUCAAAUUAAUUUGUUUGGAUUAAUUUUUAAAAUGUAAAGCAUAUAUUUGUUGCUUAGCUAUUUUGUUAAUUUUUAUUUUUAUAUUUGAGUUCUGUGCAAUAUUUUCCAUUAUGACCAUUGAUAGGACACUAACAAAGAAAACUCAUAAGUGAAUACUUAAUUUAGAAGUGUUAACAUUAUUGCUCAAUAAACAAAUUCCCUGUA